UCAGAACAGAAUCCCGUCUCCUCGACGCCGCGGACGAAACUUAGCGUGGGCGAUGGCAUCACCGGUGGCGCUACUCAGGUGCCCCAUUAGCGAUUGCCUCGAUCCGCCGUCCGCCUUCCCCCGUGGCCCUGAACACUGCGAUCCCGUGGGUAAAGUUUCCGACGAUGCCGACGACUACUUGCCGCCGGAGAUUACCUACGACGACUUGGGCGCCGACAGCGACGAGGAUGACGAUCUGUGUGACUUGGAGACAACUUGCCCAGGGCAAAGCUUCACGAAGGAAGAAGAAGAGAAAAUAAGGCGCAAGUGGAUAAAGGGAUACAUCAAUUUGUGUGGGCAACGCUCGGAAUUAUAUAACGAGUUUCUGAGCAAUGAAGAUGAGAAUUCUCCUCUUCCUCCUCUUCCUCCAAGGCCUUUGAAAGUACUCCCUGAGACAACAUAUUCAUGCAUUGAGAGGGGAUACUGCUAUCACCGUGAAUACAUGACCAAUGAUACCUCUGAGACUGCACGAACCCUUGGAUUUUGCGAACCAAAUGAUAUGCUACAGGUCUUGUCUCUGAGGUUGUUACGCUCUGAAUCCUGUCCCAUUAGUGUUUAUGGAACAUUCGCUAUUCGAGAUGACUUGGAGCCGCUGAGGAAUUAUGUCCUUAACCGCACGCGAGACGAUCCUAUCAUGAUUCAGCAGGAUUCCUUUGCCUUACCUCUUUGUAGCCCCUGCCGAGGAAUGUAUGUACUGGAUCGUGCAUUAUUGGAUGUUGAUCUUUGGGUGAAAAAGGAAGGGGACAGAUCAAGUGAUGAACAGUUACUUUCUGUGUACGUUGAGAUUAACUUACGCUCCUCUUUGGAUGAGAAGUUAACAGGACGGAUUCACAGUGACCAUUGCAUGUUGGACAUGGACUGUAUGUUUCUUGCACAGAGUGUUGAGGCAACUAUACAGGUCGCAGCGCUUGUUGAUAAUCCUCAUCAUUUGAGAUUCAUUGCUUUCAGCAGUUGUUUUGAUGAUGAGAUUAUCCUUUUCAAGGGCAAAGGCGUUAAGAAGGGUGAACUAAUCCAGCAUGUUGUUGCGGUAAAGGCAGAGGAAAAAUUGGGUGUUCGCUUGGAAUUAGAGAAUUCACUUUUCGAGUGGACUUUUCAGGAUUGGACUUUUCAGGAUGAAACUGUUGGAGUAUCUAGCUCUCCUGAUGAAUCAACCAUGAAUCAGUUUCAUGUGAGGGUGUUUCUUGCUCCAAAGAACCUACCACCCAUAACAUCAAGAUACCUUGACUGGAAAAGAAGGUGUAGAAAUAAGUGGAAAAUGCCCAGGCCUGGAUUGCUGAAAUAAGCCCUCACGUUUCAGAUUAUAAAAACAGCAGACUGAAAGUUACUUAUUAUUGUAUUCUUGUAAUCAGGUUGUGAUUGAAUUUCCUUUUGUAAGCUAGAUGUCGUGUGUGGUUCAGAUAUGUUAAUCAGCUACAAACCUAUAUAAUAUUCGAUGCUGCUCGGCA